AUGCUGCUCAAUCUCAAUACCCCUCAGAAAGCCCUGCUGUGGCUCUUCAUCCAGGCGGCCGUUCUACCGCCCACAAUUGCUCGACAAUGCUACUGGCGAAACGGCGCAAGUACACUGAAUGAGCAACAGCCCUGUUUUCCUGAUAAAGCAGAUAGUCCCUGCUGCGCGACUAAUAAACAAAAUGGUGACUCGAAUGAUGUUUGCACUACAACCGGGCUUUGUGUCGCGCAGGUCGAGCCUUAUACCGGCCUCGUUCUGCAGAAUGGUUGCACGGAUUCAAGCUGGAAAAGCUCCAGCUGUCUCAAUAUUUGUCCCGGCUCAAUGAAACCAGAUUACGGCAUCCACAUUCUCCCCUGUCCAGAUAAGAGUCUAAAGCACUGGUGUUGCAGCCUGAAUGGCUCCGAUUGUUGCGACAGUGCAUUUGAACUCGAUAUGGGUACAUUGAUGCUUUCUUCAAACUCAACAAGCCCAAGUAGCUUAGCUGCUGCAUCCGCGACUGUGACAGCAACAACUACUGCCACAGUCACAGCGGGCACAGGCACCGACUCAUCUACCUGCAACGGCGACUGCCAUGCAGAGUCCACUACAAUUGCCGUUGGUGCUGGCGUGGGCGCCGGGCUUGGCGCAUGUCUUGUGGCGACUGUGUGCCUACUUGUUUUCCAGAGACGUGCGUAUCAGAAGAAAUUCCAUGAGAUGAAGGCUUCACAAUCAGGCGCGUAUCCACACGUUCAGCAGUAUGGGCCUUUCGUGCCUAAAAGUCCCGUGGAGCUGCCUCUGAACCAACGUCCUACGGUCUUUGAAAUCGAUAGUGAGCGUCCGGCGCGGCCGGAAUGA